AUGGAUAUGAAGGAAGAAAUCAUGGGUGAUGCAAUCGACGAUGCUCUUGGCGAUGAGACCGACGAUGCCGAGAGCGAGCAAAUUGUCAAUCAGGUUUUGGAUGAACUAGGCAUUCAAAUGGGUGAAGAAAUGGCUGGUUUACCCACAGCAGGUGGCCAAAUUGGAGUCAGUGCUGGCGAGAGGGCCAAGCAGCCUGUUGCUGCAGGAGGAGGCAACGACAUUGAUGAUGAUUUACAAGCUCGCUUGGAUCAACUGCGACGGGAAUGA